AUGCCGCAUGAGGGCGACAAUGGCGUAGCUGGCGCCGCCCGGCGGCGGGAGGCUGACACUCUUCGUCACCUAGCCAGCAUCAAGUCUACCACAAAGGACGCCGGCUUGGUUCUGAGCCGCCUUGUUAGCGCUAACGAUGUUGCGGCGCGCCUCCUGUCACUGAGAACUCUAUUGCAGGCUUGUGUCAAUGAGGACCCCUCAAUGUCCUCCAUCGGCUUCCUUGCGCCACUGUCUGAUGCCCAGGCCGACGAGUACUGGACCGCCAUCGGCUCGCUGCUGGACAGGCCUCAGCCGUCCGUCUUCUUGUUUGUGGUGACAUCUCCUUCUCCCUCUUCUGCCCUCAGCAUCGAUGACAACGACAACGACAACGACAAGACGGCACCGGCAACGGCCGCCGUAGCAGGCGAGACAGCUGUCCUUGGCACAAUCCAGGUGCUCACCAUUCCUAAGGCCAAUCAUAGCCACCGCGCCGAAGUGGCAAAGCUGCUCGUCCGCCCCUCUGCGCGGCGGAUGGGCCUGGCGAGCAUGCUGAUGGCCCACGCCGAAGCUUUCGCCAAGCAUACCUUGGGAAAGAAGCUUUUGACACUUGACACCAUGUCGACAACGCCCGCUAGGGACUUUUACCUCCGCACGGGCUGGACGGAGUGGGGGCAGUGCCCCAGCUAUGCUGCCAUGGCAGACGGGUCUCUGGGCAUGACGUCCUUUUUUCACAAGUUUCUGGAGUGA